AUGUCGUUCUUCAAGCUAUCAGCUUCACUGAGUGCCGUUGGCGCCAUCCUUGGUGCCAGUGCCUUGCCAUCAGCAUCAUUCGCAUCUUAUGCGGUGAAAGAACGCCAUGUCGUGCCUCAAGCAUGGACCGAGUCUGGAGCAGCGGACAAGUCGCAGCUCUUGAAUCUCCAGAUCGGCCUCAAGCAGCAGAACGAAGGCGUGGUUGAGCAGCACCUCGUCGAGAUCUCUGACCCAAACCACCAGCGAUACGGCAACCACCUCUCCGCGAGCGAGGUACAUGACCUGGUCACGCCUUCGGACGAGACAGUCGACGCCGUCCGCAGCUGGCUUCACGAGCAUGGCAUUUCUAACCACGGCCUCUCGCCCGCCAAGGACUGGAUCUCGGUCGUUGUGCCAAUCGAGAAGGCGGAAGAGCUCCUACAUACCAAGUAUUCCACUUUCGUGCACAAGGAUGGAUCGACGCUUAACCGGGCUCCGGAGUGGUCUCUCCCGGCGCACCUGCACGAGCACAUCGAUGUCGUGCAGCCUACUACUUCCUUCUUCCGGGCCAAGCCAGAGGUUAAGUCGGGGGGUCCUGUGACGGACGGGGGAGAACAUUGGCCAAUGUCUUGGUGGGAGCACACUGGCAAGCAUCUGCACCCAGUGAACCCAGCUGGCAUCAACAAUUCCGCGCACGCUGAAGCCGUAGCUGCAGCUUGUAACGUGAGCUUCACCACACUCACAUGUCUGCGUACACUAUACGGCACCCUCAACUACACCGUCAAGGCUCCGAAAGGCACAAACAACAUCGCCAUCUGCAACUACCUGAACGAGACCAACAAGCGCUCUGAUAUCAAAACCUUCCUCGAGACCUUCCGUCCCGAAGCCGCCGCAGCAGCCUACGAAUUCCCAUUCGUCAACAUUGCCGACGCCGAGAACUACCAGGGACCCAACGACACGCUUCUCAUGGAAGAAGAUCGCGACAUCGAAGGCAACCUAGACGCCGAACUCGUUCUGGGCAUCAGCUGGCCCACGCCCAUGACGAGCUACCUAACGGGCGGCAUGCCACCGUUCCUGCCCAGCGUCAGCACGCCAACGGAUUCGAGCGAACCGUACUUGACAUGGCUCAACUACGUCGUUGCCCAGCCAAGUCUCCCGCAGGUCAUUAGUUCUUCCUAUGGAGAUGACGAGCAGAGUGUGCCAUACUCUUACGCCAAAAGGGCUUGUGCUAUGUUCGCUCAACUGGGUGCUCGUGGUGUCUCCAUGCUCGUUAGCUCUGGGGACGCAGGCGUUGGUACGGACGGUACUUGUUAUUUGAACAAGACUGACAGCUAUGGAUUCACGCCCAACUUUCCCACUUCGUGCCCGUGGGUCACUUCAGUUGGUGGUACCGCCAACUUCAACCCCGAAACGGCUGUCACCAGAUUUGCCUCGGGCGGAGGGUUCAGCAACUACUUUGGCGCUCCCGCUUACCAGCAAUCCACUGUCAACGCCUACAUCGCGAGCCUCAAUGGCACCUACGAUGGCGUCUACAACAAGUCUGGCCGCGCUUACCCUGAUGUCGCCGCGCAGGGUAACAACGACGCCAUUGUUUGGGCUGGCAUCUUGAGGACGGUCGGCGGCACUUCCGCUUCCAGCCCAACGUUCGCUGCGGUUAUUGCGCUUGUUAACGAUGCGCUGAUUGCGGCUGGCAAGCCGGCGCUUGGUUUCUUGAACCCUUGGAUUUAUGGCGGUGCGUACAAGGCGUUGACGGAUAUCACGAUUGGGUCGAGCUACGGUUGCAACACAACUGGUUUCCCGGCUCAGGUUGGAUGGGACGCUGUGACUGGUUGGGGCACUCCGAAUUUCGGAGAGCUUGUCAGGUUUGCAUUUGCGAAGGAGGUAUAA